AUUGGUAUACUCAUGCCGACUGGCAUAAAGCCAUAUAUACUGUACAGUAUAUACAUAUUACAGUUACCUAUGUCUAUGUCUAUAACUGCGCGCAUAUUCAUUGUAAAGUUCAGUUGAGUUCAGGCAAUUCAUGUGUUGUUAUAUAUGUUUGAGAAUUAAGAGAAAACGAGUAAACGACUCGUGAGAUACAGAGAGAGAAAGAGAGAGAAAAAAGGAGAGAAUAAGAGAGUAAAGAAAAUAAAACGAAAAAUGACUAAUCAUUUAGUUAUAUAGUUUUGUUGGCCAUUAUAUGUUUGAAUAUAUCUCAUGUGGUUUUAUUAAAUAUUCUGUGAGUCACUUAUAUUCUGUGUAAAAAUUCUUGUGUUGACAUCAAUUGAAUGGCUGAUUGUGUGGUCUUUAAAGAUGCGCCCUCAUCGGCCUCAUCGGACGGUGGCAGUAGCGAUGAUUUGUGCUAUGAAAUUGGCAUUCCGUAUAACAGACAGGAAUCAGUGGCCACCGACUCACCAGAAUCGCCACAAUCUCCUGCAUCGCCUCGCAUUGGACAGCGGGUGAAACGGGAGCGAACACUAUCAAUGUCCAAAUCGGCAAAGUCGGCCACAAAGACGGAUACUGUGCUAAGAACAAGACAGCGAACUAUUUAUACUUCGGGUCGUCCGCCGUGGUAUGACACUCAAGGACAGCCUAAUGAAUCAUUUGUUAUUGGAAUAUGUGGUGGAAGUGCUUCAGGAAAGACAACUGUGGCUCAAAAAAUAAUUGAGGCUUUGGAUGUGCCGUGGGUUACGCUACUGUGUCUCGAUAGCUUUUAUAAAGUGCUGAAUGAAGAACAGCAUCGUUUAGCCCAUAAUAAUGAGUAUAACUUCGACCAUCCGGACGCCUUUGACUUCGAUCUGAUGAAUGAAACUUUACGUAAACUUAAAGAAGGCAAACGAGUGGAAGUUCCUAUCUAUAACUUUGUCACUCAUUCCCGGGAAAAAGUUACAAAAAUAAUGUACGGCGCAAAUGUCAUCGUUUGCGAUGGUAUUCUUCUAUUUGCAAACAAAACAUUAGUCGAUAUGAUGGAUAUGAAAGUAUUUAUUGACACCGAUUCUGACAUACGACUGGCCAGACGUAUGCGUAGGGAUAUCACUGAAAGAGGUCGAGAUUUAGAGGGUGUUAUCAAACAAUAUAACCAAUUUGUUAAACCUAUGUUCGACUAUUAUAUCGCCCCCUCAAUGAUUCACGCCGACUUGAUUGUGCCCCGAGGAGGCGAAAACCAAGUGGCCAUUGAUCUUAUUGUCCAACACGUCCACACACAGCUCCAAUCAAAGGGACUUAAAUUGAGAUCUAAAUUAAUAAAAAUCCAUUGCGACCAACCAUUACCUAAAUCACUGAGACUACUGCCGCCCACAUCUCAGAUCAGGGGAAUGCAUACAUUCAUCAGGAAGAGGGAGACGUCCAGAGAUGAGUUCAUAUUUUAUUCAAAACGAUUAAUGAGACUAUUAAUUGAGUUUACACUAUCAUUGCUACCAUUCAAAGAAGUUAUUGUGGAAACUCCACAAAAUAUCAGUUAUCACGGAAAACGUAUUGACUGUCAAAAAAUCUGUGGAGUGUCUAUAUUAAGGGCCGGGGAGACUAUGGAACAGUCACUUUGUGAGGUCAUCAAAGAUGUGCGAAUCGGAAAGAUAUUGAUUCAGACUAAUAGAGAUACAGAUGAACCUGAAUUGUAUUAUUUAAGAUUACCAAAAGAUAUAAAAGAUUAUAAGAUAAUGCUUAUGGACGCAACUGUAGCCUCAGGAGCGGCUGCAAUGAUGGCUAUUAGAGUUCUUCUUGACCACGACGUACCCGAAGAUAAUAUAUAUCUCUUAUCAUUAUUAAUGGCAGUUUCGGGCGUUCAUUCUAUAGCUUACGCUUUUCCUAAUGUUAAAGUUAUCACCACAGAAGUUGAUCCCGAAGUUAGCGACAAAUUUUAUAUAUUACCCGGAAUUGGCAAUUAUGGCGACCGUUUCUAUGGUACCGAAGCAUCGACUGAUUAUUAGAUAAGUUUAUAUAUAUUACAAGAAAAUGAAUUUUAURGUGAAAUUUGGCACUCAAUCCCAAU